AAUGUAGAAUUAGCAUGCCCAGGAUCGAGCCCAACAGAACGCCCGAAUAAGUAACCGGUAUAUUUUAGCCGACCCGACCUCGAUAACACCGACAAACUUCAGCUGUCUGUCGGAGCUGAUUCAUUCGGCGCCGUCGAUAUUGGUUUCUGGAGUUCCGAUGGCGAAGAGGAUCUUGAAUCGGUCCGGAAAAUUCAGAACCGGUUGGCGUUAUGGAUGAUUCGUGCCAACCUUUGUCUUUGAAGGCUUUGUGUACGCUUCCACCGGUUCUUUUGGACGAUGAUGAAGAGGAUGAUUUCGGGACUCUUCAAGUUAUUCAGCGGCGCUUUUCAGCUUAUUAUUCAGCUGAUACUACAAAAAGCAGGAGGAGGGAUUCUUUACAGACUCCAAAUCAGGUUCUUGCAUCUAGUGUAGCAUCAGAGAACGAGACUUCCAAUAAUUUAUUUGUAAAUAGAAUUAAUGCUUGUGAAUGGUGUCCAGAUUCUGAAGAAGCUUGUAACAACCACCAUUUAUUGAAGGACAAUGUGGAGACACUGCCUUCUUGUUCCAUUCAGUGGCAACAGUCUGAAGAAUAUAAUAUGUCUAUUGUGUCACAAAAGGAUUCUAACUUCCCAAAAUCUGCUCAGGUGUUUAUUGAUGCCAUUAAGAAGAAUAGGUCCUAUCAGAAUUUUAUCCGAAGUAAGUUGACUCAGAUUGAAUCAAGAAUAGAGGAGAACAAGAAAUUGAAAGAACGUGUAAAAAUUCUGAAAGACUUUCAGGUUUCUUACAGAAAAAUAACUGGUCGACCAUUAUCUCAGAAGAAGGAUCCUCGUGCCCAAAUGAUUUUAUCGCAAAAGUUAAGGAAUUCUAAUGACUCAGAGACUUCUGCAGGUGGUUGAAUUUUGAAGAUCCCCUUAUUAAUCACAAUCCAUGGGCUGUCGAAGAGGAUAAGAACCUUUUGCUUAUCAUUCAAGAAAAGGGGAUCAGUAACUGGUUUGAUAUUUCAGUCUCAUUAGGGACUAACAGGACCCCAUUUCAAUGUUUGGCUCGUUAUCAAAGGAGUUUGAAUGCUUCC